CGUAUUUUUUAAGUUACAUUGUGGUGUCGUUUUGCCGUUUUACGAAACUCAUCUCAUUUCUGGUUCUGGUUCGGGGAUAUCCGGUACAGGAAAAGAAAAUAACGGUGCUGUAUAAAAAAAAUCACCACGUUAGGAAACCACGCUCGGGGAUAGCCCCCAGAUGUCGCCGACCCCGCAUCAUGUAACCCGAAGUUAUUAAUUACACGGCUCGAUAGACACAAGUACACUCCUCGUCUAUCUACAAGCGUUCUUCUACGGGCUCUCAUUUUCUGCCAGCCAGCCGAACAAGAAAUGCCUAACGACGUUAGAUCUCACUUCGCUAGGGGUUGGAAGCUGUGUUGGAACUGGCAUGUAUCUUGUUGCGGGAAUGGUGGCUAGAAACUUCGCUGGUCCCGGAGUUGUCUUUAGCUUUAUCAUAGCCGCAAUCGCUAGCAUAUUUUCAGGAGCUUGCUAUGCCGAAUUUGGUGUAAGAGUUCCGCACACAACUGGUUCCGCAUAUAUGUAUUCUUAUGUAACUGUUGGAGAAUUUAUUGCUUUUAUUAUAGGAUGGAAUAUGAUACUCGAGUACCUCAUUGGUACUAGUGCCUGCGCUUGCGCGUUAAGCGCCUGCCUUAAUGCUUUAUCAAAUGGUGCCAUUAGUGAAGCUAUAGAAGAUAGCGUAGGGACGAUAUUUGGAAGACCCCCAGAUUUUUUAGCGUUCGUCAUAACAUUACUAAUGAUGGUUUUAUUAGCAGCGGGAGUCAAAAAAUCUCUUAUUUUCAAUAACGUACUAAACGCCAUAAAUUUAGCAGUAUGGGUAUUCAUAAUGGGUGCGGGGAUGUUCUAUGUAGAUACUAGCAAUUGGUCGGAGCACUCCCGUUUUCUUCCUUACGGCUGGUCCGGGGUAUUCACUGGAGCCGCUACGUGUUUUUACGCCUUUAUUGGAUUUGAUAUUAUAGCUACCACAGGGGAAGAAGCGAAUAAUCCUAAAAAAUCCAUUCCUAUGGCGAUUAUUGUUAGUUUAGUUAUAAUCCUGACGGCUUACGUCACCAGUUCUAUGGUGUUGACACUAAUAGUACCCUAUAAUAGAAUCGACCAAGAUUCCGCGCUUGUAAAAAUGUUUGGAGAAGUUGGAGCUUAUAAUUGCAAAUACAUCGUUGCUGUAGGCGCUCUUGCAGGACUCACAGUCAGUAUGUUUGGGUCCAUGUUCCCAAUGCCGCGAAUUGUAUACGCCAUGGCACAAGAUGGUCUCAUCUUCAAAGCACUAUCGCAAGUGUGGCCAAGUACGGGAACACCCACCUUAGCCACAUUUACAAGUGGAUUAGCGGCGUCUCUGGCUGCUUUAUUAAUACAAUUAGAAGUCUUAGUGCAAAUGAUGUCCAUAGGUACCCUUCUCGCGUACACCUUAGUCUCAACGUGCGUCCUGAUAUUACGUUACCAGCCCCACUCGACAAACUUAGUGGAGCUGUUGCCUCAAAGUUUAAGAACGCCUUUGCGAGGAUCGCCCACGAAAGAAACCCUUGCUCAAGUUCCCAAUGGCCAAACAUUAUACAGUAACCAGCUGCAUCCAGAAUCGUUAAAGCACGCGCUUGAUUCAAAUUUAGAUAUACAAAUUACUCCGGCGCCGUCUCCGCUUCCCACCCAAACCACACAACGAGUCAUGGUUAGGAGAGUUACGCGCAGCUCUCCAGACAGCGACGACACAUUGCCUGGAGAUGAACCAGAAGAAGAUUUUUCUAUGAGAGAUGACCAAUUUUUAGUAUCCGAUAGGACGGAAAAUAAGUUUUAUGGUACGUUACAUGGUGCUAGCAGCGCAGCUAGUACUGGUGGUGUGGUAGGUGCUACCGUAGGCCCUAGCUUAGGUUAUCUAGGACGUAGAUUACAAGCAGCUACAUAUCUUUGUCCCGCAAUUUUUCCGUGGGUUGACACUGGACCACCAACUGAAGAAUCUGGAAUGUUUGUCAUGAAGAUGGUUGGAAUUUUAUACUUGCUCAUAAUUAUCUUUGAUCUCAUCAUUGUUUGUGGCAUGCACAACAUGACUGGUGCCACAACAUUUUUUCUAUUUUUGUUCUUGUUCGCUAUAAUAGGGGUUUUACUCGCCAUAUCAAGAAAGCCACAAAAUAGAAAUACGUUAAUGUUUAUGACUCCAGGUCUGCCAUUUGUACCUGCCAUUGCUGUAACUGUUAAUAUUUACCUUAUUUUUAAAUUAUCCAUAUUAACGUUGGUGCGCUUUACAAUUUGGAUGACGUUAGGUUUCAUUAUGUAUUUCUACUAUGGUAUCAAGCACAGUUCGUUGGAAAGCGACAUAGACCAAAAUAUCGAGCUCACAGUGACGGACCACGAAAAAAUGGAUAAAUAUAGCCCGAAACCAGCAUUUACACCAUCACCUGUAGCAGUUAACAGUUAUAAUCAAAAUCAGCCGAGCUACGAUUGGGACCCGAACGCAGUCUGGUCCCAGUCAAACGCUUGGUCGCAACCAGUACAACAAAGUCAGGCAAGUCAACCAAACAGCCAGCAAUACCAAAUGGAACAACAGUACAAUAUCGAAAGCAAGAACACCCGUUCCGUUAUCAGUAAGCCUCCCCCAAACACUAAACGAACAACAGGCUCCAGCAAUCUCUUCGUUGCCGAAGACUCCUUCCCGACCUGGGACGAUUAGUACGAUUUUAAAAAUGAUAGGUUAUUUUGUUAAUUAUUUAAAUCGAAUUGUAUCGAUACAGGUUGUUAUAUUGUGUGAUUUUUACAUGACUGAUAUAUUUAAACAUAUUAAAGUUGUUUUAUAUUUGUAAAUUGUAGUGCGUUCUAAUAGCAUUAUUUGCUGUAAUGCACGCGAAAUGCGUUACAUCAAGAAGAAUAAUUAUAUUCUAAAUAGAAAUUUGGUAAACUAUUCCGAGGUGAUCGUCUCUAUCCAACAAGCACAACUAGCUACAGAUAUUUGACAAAAAGAGUAUUGUGUGAUAGAUAUUUAUUGUAAUUUUCUUUGACCUUUCUAAACAGUGAAUGAGAUGAUUCUUGUACGACAGAAUUAUACAAUUUUUCUAUAAUAAAAUGUUAUAUCAUAGUCCUAAUGUAUCUAUAAUUAUAUUUAAUAUGCCUAUGAAGUUUAAGGUGUACAUAUUAACAGGUUGUUAAAAUUAAAAUAAGAAGAUAUUUGUACUAAAUGUUGCUUACGGAAACUAUAAGAAUAUUAUUUUAAAUGGUGUAACUAUCUUUUUGUAAAAGCUUGAUUUCCAAGUAACUUCAGUGUAGGUAAAUCCUAAACAAACACAUACGCAGAGUAGUGCUUCAGAUUUUCUGGGUGCUAGUACUAUUGCAAUAAUCUUUUCUUGGUAACAAUAAGUCUUCCCUAGGAGUAUUGUACAAACCUUCUGCUUGUAUGAAUUUAGUUCUCUGCCACUUUUGCAAUUGAUGUUGCUCAAAUUACCAUAUAAAAUAAUAUUUUAUAGUUUUGUUUGGUGUUUAAAUAUUCAUCAAUGUUCAAACUUGUUAUCACGCAAUUGUAUAAACACUCUGAACUGAUUAUAAAAGUAUUUUCCAUACGUCAGUGCCUGGAUUCAAUAUUUGUUGAAUUAGUUAUUAUUUAAGAAUACUCUCUAAACGCAACUUUUUCAUCGAUACCUCUAGUUAAGUUUGAAGGGUAUUUGGAACGAUGAUUGAGGCGUUGGGUAUUACGUAGAUCAAAUUUGAGAAUUGUAUUUGUGGUGUAUGUUUAGCUAGAUUCUCAUUAUUCAUUUUACAUUAUUGUCAGUACAAAUAUUUGUGUUCCUUACAUACAACACUAAAUAUUAACUCUCCAUUAGUGUAUACAAUCGCAUAUCUGUAGUAUUAACUAGAGAUUUCAAUUAGGUUCAUCAUUGCAGUGAUAUUUGAUGUUUAAAAUUCUUCCGGUAUAUUUAUUAAGUACCUAAGUAAAUAAACGAUAGAUAGAUGAAAUGUUUAAUUAGCGAAUAAACUAUUUCAGCAU